CGGACGGAGACAGUGGCAGGUGUUGGGGGCUUCGCGCUCGCCCGCAACGCUCGUGUAACGGUGCUCGCGCUUGCCAGGCUGCCAGGUGAAGGCCGACCUGAUGACGUGUCGUUUCUGCGCUCCGUAAGCGAACAAUUCCGCAUAAGAUCGCAACUUUCCCAGUGAUAUUAACAGCCUCGGCGGCCGCGGGUGGGCAUCCGCCUGCUUGGAAUGUGAUCGAGCUGUCGGAGUCACCUGUUCGUUGGGAACUGUGAAGUGAAAUUCAUUUUGCUUCGAUUUCUGCGCAUCGAACGGAUAGCAGUCACGAAGCAAAAAUUUUAGUCGGGGUGACUGGUUCACAGAAGUGUUUCCGUUUGUGUUCGUUUAUUUAUCCUGGACAUCGCUUUCCAUCUGUGACGUGACAUUGUACUCUAGCAAGACCCAGAGACUUUAGGUUAGAUUCGCGCCCUGAUGGCCGUUCCGAGGCGGUGCCGGCGGCCGCGCAGCCCAGUGCUGGCAGCUCCGCAGCCGCGGACGCUGCCGCUGCCAUGAGCACCAUGGUGGCGCACCUCGUCGACACCAGCAACAACAACAACAGUAGCAGCCUCUGCGGCAGCGGCGGCGACCACGCCGGCAACAACAACGGCGGCGAGCCCGGCUUUCAACUCGACACCGCGGACCCCUCACCCGGCGACCUGGCGCUCCUCGCCAAACUGGAGGAGGCCAACAGGCUUAUUGAAGCCGAUGCCAAAUCCUUAAAUUCUCUUUCUGGAAACAGCGGCCAUUCCAGAAAGAGCUCGGACACAUCCCAGAUAUCUUUGACAUCAGGGACCAGUUCAAGUCAAGAAAGAAAUGAAGAUGGUGGUGAAGAAGAUGUAUGGAGCUUAUGGGGCCGCAUUUCUAAUGACUGGGAGAAUUAUUGGAAAAAAAGAAACCCAUUUGUCAGAGAACUCGUUCGAAAGGGUGUUCCACACCAUUUUAGGGGUAUUGUAUGGCAGCUGCUAUGUGGUGCCCAUGAUUCUCCUGUUAAGAAACAAUAUGCAGACUACAUCAAGGCAACAUCUGCAUGUGAAAAGGUGAUAAGGCGAGAUAUUGCACGCACGUAUCCUGAGCAUGACUUUUUUAAGGAGAAAGAUGGCUUAGGACAAGAAAGCUUGUUCAAUGUGAUGAAAGCUUAUUCAUUACAUGAUCGUGAAGUGGGCUACUGCCAAGGUUCGGGCUUCAUUGUUGGACUGCUUCUUAUGCAGAUGCCCGAAGAAGAAGCAUUUGCAGUUCUAGUGAAGCUUAUGCAAGAAUACAAGAUGAGGGACAUGUUCAAACCAACUAUGGCAGAACUUGGGCUGUGCAUGUAUCAGUUGGAGAACCUUGUGCAGGAGCUGAUUCCUGACCUGCACAUCCACUUCCAGUCUCAGAGCUUCCACACAAGUAUGUACGCCAGUAGCUGGUUUCUUACGCUCUUCACAACUGCGCUGCCUCUAUCAGUUGCAUGCAGGAUUAUGGAUGUGUUCUUAUCUGAAGGCAUGGAAAUAAUAUUUAAGGUAGCUCUUGCACUGCUUACUCUUGGGAAAGAAGAUCUCCUGUGCCUCGAUAUGGAGGGGAUGUUAAAGUACUUCCAAAAGGACCUUCCCCCAAAAGCAGAAGCUGAUAUUGAUGGCUUAAUGCAACUUGCAUACAAUAUCAAAUAUAAUCCAAAGAAGAUGAAAAAGUUGGAAAAAGAUUAUACUGUAAUGAAAACAAAGGAGCAAGAAGAAAUGGUAGAAUUACGGAGACUUCGCACAGAGAAUCGCCUUCUCCGCCAACGGGUGGAACUACUAGAAGCUGAGUCCAGUGAGUUGGCAGACAGGUUAGUCCGUGGGCAGGUCUCACGUGCUGAAGAGGAGGAGACAUCAUUUGUUGUUCAGCGGGAACUAGCAGCACUACGGCACACUCACCUUGAGACUUCACAUCAGCUGGAGUUAGCACAUGAAGAAAUUCGAAAUCUUUCCUUGCUUAUGCAAGAGACGAACUCAUCACGCCAGUCUUCAUUGGAGGAAGUCACUCACAAACGUGAGCUGCUGAGUCAGAAGGAAGAACUGAUAGAAUGCCUUCAGGAUGAGCUGGUAAAAGUGCGCUUGAGAGAGGCAGAGAACGAUGCACUUAUUCGUGAUCUCCGCGCACGUAUACAGGAGUUGGAAGAGGAUAAGAAAACUCUUCGUGAAACUACUCCAGACAAUUCUGUGGCCCAUCUCCAAGAGGAACUGAUAGCUGUCAAACUAAGGGAGGCAGAGGCAAACCUCUCACUCAAGGACCUGAGGCAGAGAGUUUCGGAUUUAAUUGCACAGUGGCAGAGGCAUUUGCAGGAACAUCGAAUGGAAGCUCAGCCUCCACCUGAUAGUACACCAAAGAAACUGCUUUUUUGGGAAAGUCGGGGAAAUGAGACACAACGUCUUGAGGAAGACCUGAUGACAACACGUCUUCGUGAAAUGGAGGCACUCACAGAAUUGAAAGAACUCAGACUAAAGGUUAUGGAACUUGAGACACAGGUCCAAGUAAGCACAAACCAGUUGCGACGACAGGAUGAGGAGAAAAAGAACCUUAGAGAUGAACUUGAUCAGGUUAUGACACGUGAACGAGAAUUACAGUCAAAGCUCAAAGAACAGCAGAAUAGAUACUCUGAUCUUGAAUCAAAGAUGAAAGAUGAGCUGAUGAUGGCUAGAAUAAGGGAUGCAGAACAUACUCAGUGUGUCGCAGAACUUACCCAGAAAAUCUCGGUUCUCGAAUUAAAGAACCAGGAGAUGGUUGCAGAAGGAGAACUACGUAGCAACAUGGAUGACAGUGAAAAAGUUCGUGAUUUACAAGACAAGGUUGCUGACCUCAAGGCUGAGAUCAUGAGGCUAGAAAGCUGGAAAGAGCGGUGGACAGGAGGUACCCGAUCACAAGCCUCACGCUCAGCAUCAGUGGAUACAGAGAGUGAGCAUGAUGAGCCAUCUGAUCUUCAUCUCCACCUUAAUGGUAGUGGCAGUGAAGCUCCAAGCCCUGAGGUCUGACCAUGGCCGCUGGCCGGCAGGUUCGGCCUGAUGCCCAGAAGGCUCACCACCGUCCGCACAAACUGUAUGUGCAACAGCACUUUCGUUCUUUCAGCAGAAGCUGGAACUCCUCGCUGACCUGGAAGGAUAACUUGCAGUGUACUCAAACUUUUAGGAAUUGUUUGAGAAUGGCAUCUAAUUCUCUCGAACUGAACUGAACUGGACUCGGUAGAACUGCAGUCACCUUCCUGCUAAUAAACAAUGAUGUUAUGUUCCUACAAACAAAUCAUUGUGUAUUUAUAAGUAAAUGUCAGCAGUUAUCCUCAGCACACGCUGACAUCAAAAACUUUUUUCAUGUUCUGCGUAGCAGAUCCACUUUACAGAUCUUUGCAAUGAACUUGAUAUUCAUGUGAUUAUUGACAGAAUAUUAAUCAACGUUUCGAUGGACUUUUGAGCUCUGUUAAAUCCAUUAUAUAAAAGUGUUCUUUUCAUUACUGUGGCUCACUCAGAUUUUAGGUUUCUUAAUUUCUGAUGUUAUUGUGAUAAUUGUAACAACUGUGUAACUUACAGUCCUGCCAUUGUUUGGUUUCUAUAACUCUAAUUUAUAAGCUUUAUACUAUCCAAAUCUGCAGCUUCUUGAGACUAAAGAGCUUUAUAUAACUGAUUUUCCAAUGUAUUAAAUUUUGUUCCUGUCAUUGUUUGGCUUCAUGGCAGCUGUGACUGUUCAGCGAUUUAUGAUGAAGUGGGCUUUGUUUUGGUCAGUUCCUCAGUUCAUGAAAGAAUAUUGGUCCUGUUGUUCCAUCAUGAAAAUAUGAAGUGAUAUUUGGCUUUACAUAAUCUAUUUCACUCUUCUCAGAGGAACAUAUUUUUCAUAUUUGUAUUAUUAGUUGCCACUGGGGGGGAGGGGGGGGGGGGGGUAUGACACAAUCUUACGAAAUACUAUGCAAUCAGUUUUGAAUAAAGCCAUCCUUUUAUGGAAUUAAUUCUUGUGUGGCAGUGAGAUAGUUGCUAAGAUCUAGUAGCCAUUAUUUCUAUGAUUAUAUUUUGAUUUUUUGUGCAAACUUAAGUACUGCUCCAAUAAUCACUGUUACUCUAUAUUCUGCAAUACGGGAACUAAUAGACAUCAAACUGCUGUGAUUUCAGAAGCAUCUGUCAGAUUUAUUUGAGACAGCAUUAAUUUUUCUUAAGAGCAUACACAUACAGAAUUCAUAACGAAAUGGUGCUAUUUCUGUAAUAAACAAAAUUUUUCGUUGGUGUUGACACCCGUUAAAAACAAAAUUAUAAUUUAAAGCAGGAGUUUUUGUGGAAUGUUAGUUAAGACACCUAUUUGUCAUUUUUGGUGUCUUGCUUUCAGUGGUUAGAAAUGCAGCUGAAGUCAGCCUUUUGUGUACUUAACGACAAAAAUUGUACUGUCAUUGUGAAAAAUGAUUUGUCUUGAAUUUUGUGGAUAGCCUAUUUAGUGUUUGAUUGUCAGAAUACAAAUGGUGUGACUUUCAUGACAUCAGUCUGAAAAAUAGUGAUUUACUGCAUGGGAACUGAAAACAUUUGUUCCUGUGCUUCAAAAUGAGAGGACCAGGAAAUAACUGUGCAUUUGUCAGUGAGUCUGUGUGACAGUAUUUUCAUUCUGUGCUGUAAACUAUAUUCAAUGUUUAUAUGUGUUACAUGUGUCAUGUGUAAAUUAUUUAAUAACACUUAUUAGAUGGAGCAGCCAGAAAUGGCUGUAGUUAGGCCGACAGUGCAAUGAUUGACAGGAUGAGACAAGGUGCUGUGAUACAUAUGUUUACCUGUAUAUGUGGCUACUGUCUACAGUGUUAUACAGCCAUGCCAAAUUGCAACAUUGUGGUUUCAGUAUUAUCACUGUGUACUUGAUAGUUGAUUUUGUUUAUAGGUGGAUAUUAGCAGCAGGAUUGGUAAUACUCAAGUAAAUGUAGUGGUUUUUACAUUUAAAGGAGAAGUUUAGAACUGCUGAUCUUUUAAAAACUUUUGUUUGAAGUACUAAAUGUAUGCAGGAAGUGUCAUUGUAGCAAAGGUAAUAUAUAUCUCAUUUAUUUGCAUAGCAAAGGCUGUUAAAUCUACAUAUUCAACAAUUUAAUUUAGAAAUGUACUUACUUUUUUAAAACAAGCAUUUAGAACUGUUAAUGAUAUUUAAUACUAAAGUGGCAUCCUGUUUGUUUUAAAAAUCUCAUUCAUUCCAAAAAGUGAAUAGUACUCAGCCUUGAUCAAUGCAGUGGUAUCAGUUCCAGAAUUAGCUUAACAUUUUAGCUACUAGGCAUAGGCAGUACUUCAACAUUUUUUUUCUGUACCUGUUCUGAUUAGUUGUUUGCUUUCUGUGUCUCAUUUGUAAAUUAAUUACUGUUGAAAAUAAUGGGUCCAUUUCCCUGCAAGAGUGGCUGGUGAUUUGUUUAGUCAAUAAAAAAAAUUUAAAAAAAUGAAA